AUGGUUAAAAAGGUAUUUUUGAAAAAGUGGUAGCAUGUGAUAGAAAAACUGCUUAAGGUUAGUGUUUCGUUGAUUCUCAGAGAAACAUUUCGUCUGAAAAGCCACUUGCCAAGAUAAAGCUUGUACUGA